UAAGUCGUCGCGAGGCGAGCGGGGUCCGCGCGCCUGCGGGCACCUCCGGGCACCUGCGGCUGUGAGCGGCGCUCGUGGCCUCGGCGGGAGCAACGGCGCGUGGCGGCGUGAGGAGGGCGGCCUGCUGCGUCUCGCCGGGGCGGGAGGAGGGUCCCUCCGCGGCUCGGGGCGCGCUGAGAAGAGAAGAUGACAGGAAGAGCUAGAGCCAGAGCAAGAGGAAGACCUCCAGCGCAGGAGGCUGCCAUUCCUUCUGUUGGAGCUGCGUCUGUUCAACAGACCUUGCCCAGUCAGCCACCUGGCCGUCGGCAGCCUCAGCAGCCAGGUGUUCCUGCCUCGGUAUCAGAAGGACCUGGUGGCCGUGGGCGACAGAGGGGCCCUCAGAACAUUCCGCGAGGCUCGAACGGGGGAAGGCCAGAAGGAUUACAGAUUUCAGCAGGAUUUCAGGAAUUGUCUUUAGCAGAUAGGGGUGGACGUCGUAGAGAUUUCCAUGACCUCGGAGUAAACACUCGGCAAGCCAUAGAACAUGUACAGGAAUCAAAAACUGGUUCUUCAGGUGUUAUGAUAAAGUUAACUACAAAUUACUUUCGUUUGACGUCUCGACCCCAGUGGGCUUUAUAUCAGUACCAUGUUGGCUAUAAUCCUGAGAUGGAAGCACGCCGUCUUCGAUCAGCUUUGCUUUUUCAGCAUGAAGUGCUAAUUGGGAAGACACAUGCAUUUGAUGGAUCAAUAUUAUUCUUGCCAAAAAAACUGGGGAACAAGGUUACAGAAUUGUUUAGUAGGACUCGAAAUGGAGAGGAUGUGAAGAUAACGAUCACGUUGACUAAUGAGUUGCCUCCUACUUCUCCUACAUGUCUGCAGUUUUACAACAUCAUUUUUAGAAGGCUUUUGAAGAUGUUGAAUUUACAGCAGAUUGGACGUAAUUAUUACAACCCCAGUGACCCAAUCAGCAUCCCUAAUCACAGGUUGAUGGUUUGGCCGGGCUUCACAAGCUCUAUCCUCCAGUAUGAGGAAAGCAUUAUGUUAUGUACAGAUGUGAGCCAUAAGGUUCUUCGCAGUGAAACUGUGCUAGAUUUUAUGUACAGCCUGUAUUACCAGGUCGAAGAACAAAGAUUCAGAGAUGCCUGUGCUAAAGAGCUGAUAGGUUUAGUUGUCCUUACAAAGUACAAUAACAGAACAUACAGAGUUGAUGACAUCGACUGGGAUGCCAAUCCACAGUGUACUUUUAGAAAAUCAGAUGGUUCUGAGAUCAGCUACGUGGACUACUACAAGAGGCAAUAUAAUCAAGAAAUUACUGACCUGAACCAGCCUGUCUUGGUCAGUCAGUCUCAGAGGAAGAGAGGAAACAUGAUGCCAGGACCUGUGGUUCUAAUUCCAGAGCUGUGCUUCCUAACAGGAUUAACUGAGAAGAUGCGUAAUGAUUUUAAUAUGAUGAAAGACUUGGCUAUUCAUACACGACUGCCACCUGAGCAAAGGCAACGUGAAAUUAGAAGACUUGUUGACUACAUCCAAAAGGAUGACAAUGUUCAGAAGGAACUCCGAGACUGGGGAUUAAGCUUUGAUUCUAAUUUAUUAUCCUUUACGGGGAGAGUUGUUCAAGGAGAAAAGAUCCUUCAAUCAGGAAACAUGUUUGAUUACAAUCCUCAGUUUGCUGAUUGGUCAAAGGAAACUAGGGGAGCUCCCUUGAUCUGUGCAAAGCCUCUGGACAACUGGUUAUUAGUAUACACACGGCGCAACUAUGAUAUUGCUAACACAUUACUUCAGAAUCUGUUUAAAGUCACACCAUCUAUGGGAAUCAGAAUGAACAAGGCAACCAUGAUUGAAGUAGAUGAUAGAACAGAAGCUUAUUUAAGGGUUUUACAGCAAAGUAUCACCCCUGACACAAACAUAGUAGUUUGUGUUUUGUCUAGUUCCCGAAAGGAUAAGUAUGAUGCUAUCAAGAAAUACUUAUGUACAGAUUGUCCCAUUCCAAGUCAGUGUGUGAUUGCUCGCACCUUAAGCAAGCCUCAGACUGCUAUGGCCAUAGCAACAAAAAUUGCCUUACAAAUGAACUGUAAAAUGGGCGGAGAGCUUUGGAGUGUCGAGAUCCCACUGAAACAGGUGAUGGUUGUGGGAAUUGAUUGUUACCAUGAUACUUUAUCUGGAAAACAGUCAAUCGCAGGGUUUGUCGCUAGCCUGAACCAGACAAUGACACGGUGGUUCUCGCGCUGUGCUGUCCAGGGUCGUGGGCAAGAACUUGUGGAUGGGCUCAAAGCCUGCUUGCAAACUGCUCUAAGAGACUGGUUCAAGUGGAAUAAGUAUUUGCCCUCUCGUAUUAUUGUGUAUCGUGAUGGUGUAGGAGAUGGACAGCUAAACACUUUGGUUAAUUAUGAAGUGCCUCAAUUUCUGGAUUGCUUGAAGAGUGUCGGUAAAGACUACAACCCGAGACUUACUGUGAUAGUUGUGAAGAAACGAGUGAAUACCAGAUUCUUUGCACAGUCUGGUGGAGCACUGAAAAACCCACCCCCUGGCACUGUUGUCGAUGUGGAGGUCACCAGACCAGAGUGGUAUGAUUUCUUCAUCGUGAGCCAGGCAGUGAGAAAUGGUUGUGUUGCACCCACUCACUAUAACGUAAUUUAUGACACUAGCAAGCUGAAACCAGAUCACGUGCAGCGUUUAACCUACAAACUUUGCCACAUGUACUAUAACUGGUCGGGUGUUAUCAGAGUACCUGCUCCUUGCCAAUACGCUCAUAAACUGGCUUUCCUUGUCGGUCAGAGUAUUCACAGAGAACCAAACCUGCUGCUUUCAGACCGACUUUACUACCUUUGAAGUUGAGUUACCAGCUGAAAACAAUAGUGCAGCCCCUUUCUAGGGAACGUAGAGUUGUCUGGGUGUUUGUGUGGCUUGUGUUGGGGUUUGGUUUUGCUUUUGGGUUUUUUUUUCCUUUGUUCUUAAGAGCCAUGUAUGGGCUAAGGAGCACGUGCAGUUGUGGAACUCCAUUGUAGCAGAAGGUGAGAUGGCAGGUCUGCGUUUUGAAUAGGUCACUGCUUGCUACAGAAACAAUGUGAUAUUAUUUUUUAAUACUUAUUUACUGAAGUGUUUCUGGGAUUCUUCACAAGAGAUGAUCAGUUGUUCUUAUUUAUGUUUUGGGGAAGUCUUGCACAGAAUUAUUUUAGCAUACAAGAUAGUUAUGCAGACCAAACCCCAAACUUCUCUAGUUAGCACAUUACACUUCUGAUUUUCAAAACACGAUUGUUGCUUCCUUGUUUUUCUCAGCUGUUCAAAUGAGGGCAAAACUUUGUCUGCCAAACUAUUUCAUACCUUAAAAAGAGGCUGUCAGCCGUUCUUGGUUAUCAGGGCUUUGGUUUAAGAUUGCGUAGUGCUGCAAAACCUGUGGGAGGGUUUUUAACGCCUGCCCGCAUAAGCGAGGUGCGGACCAGCUGGCAGCUGCCCUGUGCUCACUUGUGCCUCUCGGAGCGGCGGGAAGCGAGGUGGGACCGCCUCCAGCUGCACAGCUGAGGAGGAAGCUCGGGGUCUGCCGGAGCUUCGGGGAUGCGUGCCGGAGGCGGAGCCGUUCCUGCGCCGCCUCGCAGCUGCGGGAGCACCGCUCUUACCUCAGGCUGCACGGCGCUCUCCGCAGAGAGCGACGCCUUUGAGCUUGAGCGCGCUUGCAGGGGCUGCGUCACUGGCCCUGGGCUGUCCUAUUGCCACGCUUUGGCUUAGCCUUGUAACUUCAUGUUUACUUGAUGGCGUGAGUAAACCGGUGCUUCAGCCAACUGCAGCUUCGUAACUGGAAUGAACUGAAUUUCUUGGUUGACAUUGUUUAACUGCAUGCUCGUUAAAGGAGGAAGAUAAUUUCCAUCAAAGAAUAGCAGUGCACUGAUUGAUGUGCAAAGGAGGGGAGGUUUUACUCUUCAUGGGGGAUUUUUGGUUAUGCGGCUCCAAGUGCCAGGGAGUGCUUCGGCCUUCGUUUGUGUCGUACUUCUGAGACUUCAACUGGCACCCGUUCCGCGGGAGCAGCUUAACUUGCAAAGCAAACGGCAGCUGUGUUGGUGGGAGGCGAUUUCAGGUUUUUGUGUUACCGGGCAGAGUCAAACUAGUGCAUAUGGAAGAAUGUGGACUGGUGCUGGGUUUUUAAACUAACUUGUGAACCUUGUUCCUUUUCUUUGCAAGAUUUAAAUAAAGUUGUCGCCGAA